GUUCAUUGGCGUCUUGUCCGUCGAACGGUACGGUUGUAUCUAUCGAGCGCACCGAGAGUCCGUGUACAACUGUGUGGCCAGCUUACGGCAAACGGAGAGUGUUCGAUAACUCGCGCGUGCCUCCCUCUCAACAUUGGGUCUCGUUUCCGCUGGGAUUCUGUGCGGACGUGCGGAAGACAGAGAGCGUCCGACCGACCACCGGGAGUGACCGUCGGAUUUGGCUGGUUUGAGUGAGUGUGCGCGGUCGGGAAGGGUGCGGACUGCGGACGAAAGGAACCCCGGCCCGGGUGUUGUGUGUUAUUGUUAUUUAACAGGAAUUCGAUUUUGAAAUUUGUGCACCGCCAAGACGAGGUUAGAAACGCGCGCGCGACGGGACUUGCCACAGGUCCCCGGACGGGUUUUUUGGUGAAAGAAUUAUUGGCCGAGGAUUGUGAGACAGUGAGAAUAAAGGGUGACGAUUGCAGUGCAGUUUGAAAUUGAUGAAAAGAUUCGAGAUUAUGGCAAGAGCUGUUGGGCAACCAGUUUGAUGAUAUAACCAAUCAGUGAGCGAAACGAUAAGUCGUAGAUUCGUGCAGCUUCAAGAAAUAGAACGAUAACCGCACAGCGACCCGGAAGGGUGGGGACAGCGGUGCCAACUCAUCACCAGAGAGAGAGAAGAAAAAUCCCGCCGGGUGAAAAGUAUGUCUGUGUGUUUCCGUGUUGCAAAAAUUUAAUGAAAAUUUACAUCCCACGUCGAAUAAAAAAGAAGCUGAAAAGAUAAAGUCUCUAUUAAUAAAAAAAAAGUGUGUCUUGCGAAUUCGGUUCGGUAUCGAGUGAGUGCGCGACGAAGAAACACCCGACUCCGAUCAUCCUAGAACCGAGUACGGUCCGUUUCAUGAAAAAUUACGCAAUUAGCAAUACCACCGGCUCCGCAGCAGUGACACGUGUCCCCGACAUCAAAUCCGCAGCUGAAGAAGAAGAAGCAAGAGCAGUCGUUGAACGGUACACCUCGACGAAUGCGAAGAAGAAAGAAAAUUUUCUGUGAGUGUUUGCGUCGGAUUGUGUGCGGAAAAUUUCCGACCUGUAGGAGCAUCGUGUCAGUGAGUUUAACCUGAGUAGCUAGUGAGUUAAUUGGUGUUCAAGAAGACGAAGAAGAAGAAGAGAGACCAACCACCGGGAAAAUUGAUCGUCGCCUGGUAAAUUGUGAGAAUUAAUUGAUCGUCGGUGAUUUUGCAUCGGAUAGCCGCGGGUUUUUGGCACGGCCCUCCUUGGGGCAGGUGGAAAAUGGCCACGAUGACAGAUCUGGCAAAGGAUCCAUUUAGUGCGAUGCUCUGCGAUCCGUUUCAGUGUGAACUGUUCGAGCGGUACCUGCGAGAACUGCAGGAAUCGACCGAAGCCAGUAAGGGAAGUGGUCCGCAGAAGCCGUUCUUGAUGUUCAUUGGCGGCAAACGGCUGAAACAGUUAACCGAACUGUUGAUCGACGUUGUCUGCUCCAGACGCCGCCACGAGCCUAGUUUUAGUUUGAACAGAAUGUGUAGCGAUAGUUCCGUAGAUCCACUGUGUUGCCCGAUAUGCGAGGACAUCCUCCGGUAUCCGGUGACGACCACCUGCGGGCACACGUUCUGCCGGCAGUGCUGCUUCGGCCACAGUCAGUGCGCCGUGUGCAGCCAGAAGUUUCCAACGAUCUCAUCGGGUGCUGCAAACGGUUCUCCGCCGCAGGCCACAGUGACUUCCGGUUCGUCGGCAACGACGUUGACUCUUCUACCGCCACCACCAUCGGCAGCCGGUCCAACGUCGACGGCCACCUCUUCGUCGUCCUCGAUGUCGCUGGGCAUGGCCACAGUGAUCACCAACCAUGACAGGCUUGGGGAGCCGGACUUGCCGGCGCCGAUUUCGUCGGAAGUCGGAAGUGAGGGUAGUAGCGGAGAGAGUAGUGUUAUCGGGUUGGAGCAAGAUAUUUUGGUUCGGCGGCUUGUCGAACGGUGGUGGGGCCCGGAGCUGAAGGCUGCCGAGUUGAACGAGGAAACACAGCGGCACCUGGAGAGCGACGCGCUGGAUGAGGCGCUGCGUUGCUGCAACCAGAGUCUUGAAUACGCACCCAACAGUCACAAAGGUCUCCUGCUCCGGUCCGAGGUCCUGUACCGAUUGCAGCACUACCAAAGCGCUCUGGCCGACGCCGACAACGCCCUCAAAAGCCGUCCCACGUCGUACAAGGCACACUACUACCGGGCCCUUGCAUUGUCCGCACUGGGCAGGUUCGAAGAAGCCAUAAUCUCGCACUGCAUUUCGAUUUUCCUGGACAAACAGUCUAUGUGUGUGGCCAGCGGGAUAAAGGAGGAACUAGCAAAGGACCUCCAGAAGCUACUCGCCACGGUUCGGUCGGAGCCGGAUCUCCCCCCACCUGUUGUAGAUCCGCUCUCGCUCAUCAUCAGCGAGUACACGCUGUUGAGUUCCCGGAAGCGGCGACGCCUGCGGAUUCCGUCCGCCCAUAAGCACAAAGCGAAAAAGCAGUUCCUCAGCUUGCGGACCAGCGACUUCGACGAGGACCAUUCCGACUGCGGCGACGAAGAGUACUACUUUCGGUCCGAUUUUUUCGACGAAAUGGACGAAGAGUUCCUCCGGCAGACCAUGAACCCGCCGCACCACCGGCGGAAAUCGCUUUCGGCGUACAAUCUGAACAUAUUCAAUCCCCGGAUGGAUGCGCCGCUGGGAGUCGGGAAAGAACAGAAGUACCUUAGGCAGCAGUUGGAGAAGCAGCAGCAGACAACAAUCAUUCCAAGACCCAGCUCGAAGCUGCGAUUGUUCGUUGACCGAAUGAUCAAGGAGCUGGAGGCGGUUCGGUGGGCCGAAGGAAGCCCAGUGCGAUUGGGAGUCCAUCCGAGCCAAAUCGAGACGUCCGACUUUGACUGUGUGCUGUGCUGUAGGACCUUGUGGCGACCUGUGGUGACUCCCUGUGGGCAUACCUACUGCUGGGUUUGCCUUGAUCGGUGCAUGGACUACUCGUCGUCCUGUCCACUGUGCAUGGCCCCUCUGAUCGAACAGUUCCGGCAUCAUCUGGCAGGCAACAGCGGUCACAGUAAUGGCAAUAGCCUUGCACUGCUGGCUGCCACCAAUCCUACUCUGAUCUCAUUAUCUAAGCGUAAGGUAACCCAGUUUGUCGAGGUGGCCAUGCAACGGUUUAUUCCGGAUGCGUACGAAAAACGCCAACGACAGGAACUGGACCGGGAGCCAACGGUGCCGGUGUUCAUCUGUACCACUGCAUUUCCUUCGGUGCCAUGUCCGCUGUUCGUGUACGAACCUCGCUACCGGUUGAUGGUUCGGAGGGCCAUCGAAAGCGGUGAACGGCAGUUUGGCAUUGCGUUGCCACAGCAGAACGGACGCCAGCGAUACGUCGAGUACGGAACCAUGCUGGACAUCCGGGACUGCGUGCAGCUUGGCGAUGGCUGCUCAAUUCUGUCCACGGUGGGAGCCAGGCGUUUCCGGGUAAUUGCCCGCCAAGAGAAGGAUGGCUACGACACGGCUAACGUGGAGUUCAUCGAAGAUGUCAAGAUUGUGGACGGUGCGGGUGCUGGUUUGGAGGAAGAAAGGGUGCAUUUAGUGCGGGAGCUGCACGAGAAGGUUCUGAUGAAGGCCAUCGGGUGGCACGAAAGCCUACCGGACAACAUCAAGUGCGAGAUAUUCAAGAGCUUCGGCAAGAUGCCGGACCUGGAGGAGAACUGGGAGGACGUGGUCGAUGGGCCGGCGUGGGCAUGGUGGAUCAUCGCGAUUCUCCCGUUGAGUCAGCAUUUAAAGGUCGAUAUCCUGUCAACCACUAGUCUGGAGAAGCGACUUCGAGCCAUCGAUAAAACGCUAAACCUGGAAUCUGUCCAACAGAAACGGAAGCGUUCAGUUUCCGUCGUCCCGGCAUCUCCAGCUUCGCCACCUCCGGCCGGAUGCUGUGACGGUAUCCAAUCUUCUGCCACAGCUCACCAACAACAGCAACAGCAGCAACAUUCGCACCAUCAGCACAAUCAUCACCAUCAGCAACAGCAAUGCCAAGCUAUCGACUGUUGCAUACGAGAAAGAACUACCUCAACGCAUCACCACCAUCACCACCAUGAUCAUGAACACGUGCACCACCACCACCACCACGAUAGUGAUAGAAACAGUUCCGGGGAUCAUCAUCUCAGCCAAUCCGCGGCGGAAGCGGCCGACUAUCUGCUCUAAACAAAAGCAUCGCAAAUUUCCUCGAGUUCUCUUGCAAGAUCUUGAGCAAAACAAAAACCAAUACAAUCCUACUAUAACUUUAAAAAAACGCAGCAACACAGUGGAAGCAAAUGCAACUAAAUGGUUCUCUUCUCUUCGAAAUGUACAAUACAAAACACACACACACAUACCCGCAAGCAAACACAUUAAUUAGGAAACAAUGCACACACACCCCUGAGAAAAAGUGUGUGGUGGCAACAUUUGUGGAUCAAGAAGCAGCAGUAGAAAGAGCAUGUG